GACUCUUUCAUAUAACUAAAAAUAGAGUUCACAUGGCGUGUUGGUUGCAGGAAGCAACCGCUACAUUUGUCCGCACCCGAUCAACGCGGUGAACUUCCAUGGCCAGACGACCUACCCUCUCUCCUCCGACUGCUUCUUCUCCGAGAUCUCUGGUUUUCUCUCUCUUCCUUCUUGUGUUCUCUAAUGGCGGGAAGAGGCAGACGAACCCCUUUUCUCCUUCAAACUUCGUUUAGAUGACAAUAUAUGCCACGCUUCUGGCUUCACCCCGGACAUGUUCUCUUCUCGCCUUCCAACCCAAGCAAUUCUUGAGAUUUCUUGAGAUUUCUUUUCCCAAUCCUCAUCGUAUUCGGUGAAUUGAAUUUCCUUUUGCCCUCUUCGUGUUUACGAGUGAGCGCCUUGCAUUUUGGGGGAUGAAAUUUGGCGGUGAUUGUUUUGUUUCGUUAUGGAAUCUCCCCUGCCUUGUCUUGGUUAUUAAUUAAUUCUUGUCUUUGUAUUAACAUGCGUCGGUUGCGUGUAUGCGUUUUUCCGAUUUCGGUGUCGUUUCUCAAAGCUGUAAUUGUUGAUGAUGGGGAAUGUUGAUGAUGAUCGUUGUGUAUUUCCUCUCACCAAUUUGCAAAUCGGAUGAGUUUCGGUAGCCGAUUUCAAUGGUUGGUGCAUAGUAUAUUUGUUCAAUGUUCAACUGUUUUUCAUCAAUUCAGCGACUUGCAGUCAUAUCUCUCUGAUCUUAACCUCUUCGUGGCGCAUGAGAGUAAAAAAUUCUUAAUUUUGGUGGACAAUCGGCCAUGGUUGAGAGAAUUUGGUUCGCGGCCUGCUCGGUUGUGGCAACUGAUGGUUACGAAGUCGAGGCUCUCUCCUUUUGCAAACAGGAAAGUACGGAGGGAUAGAAAUAGUAAACGAGUUGCUUAUCAGAGACCCAAAAUUACUAAGAAAAAGAAGUGUUUGUGGUUCUCAUUGAUCAAUGCAGUGACCCUGUCUCAUAAGAAACUUCUUCUUCUUCCUAUGCCUCCUGUGGAGAACCUUCGAAAAUCUUUUAUCCUAAACAAUGAACUGCAUUGCACAUUGUAUGGUUUUAUUGUUUUUGAAGUUUCAUGGAGCAAUGUUAGAGGUAUAAACUACUUAAAUGAGCUUCAGACGGAUACCUCUCUGGCCGUAGAGUCUAAAUAUAUGCAACGAUGGGAAUUUGAUUGCAUAUCUCAUGCUGCGGGGAGCGUAUCUUCUUGGUUCUUGGGUUCACCCUCGGAUGAGCAACUGUUGAAGAGUUAUUUGGAAUCAGUCACAGGAGAAAUUUUCUAUGAUGCUGUAGAUGAAUUUGAUGAUAUUGAAGACAAUUUCCUCAAUAAUAGCAUUCCAAUUAUGGAGGACGAGAUUAUCUCCUACAAAAACUUUUGCAUUAAUGACGAUCUUCUGGAGUGCACUGAUGGUGAACUAAACUUACAUUCUACAACUGUAGAAGACAGUGCGAAUACACUACAGACGCCUCCUCCUACUGGUCCUAACAAGAGAAGAAAAGUAACAAGAUUUAUUGGCUCAGAUAAUGAAGAUGAUACCAAUCUGGAUGAGAUGGAGACCAGGACUAGUGGUUUCCCCAGUGUCUCAGAGAUUUAUGAUGCUAAUUGUCAAGAUGUAGUUGAGGCUACACAAUACAAAGAUGUAUUAAUUUUGUUUAGGUUCAAUGAUCGCGACCUUCCAUUUAAGUUAAAGCAAGUAAUAAUGUCUGAUCUACGGUUGCUCACUUUGUUAGAAGCUGGUCUUCCAUCUUGGGUCAUCUUCCUUCAAUCUUACCCUGUGUUUUGUCACGUCUAUCGUCCGUGGAUGUGCCCUUUUGCAAGAGCUUUGUAUGUACUGGUAUCGGUUAUCACCGUUCUCAUAGGAUUCUAUGAUUUAUACAAAAAUGUCCCGCUUUUGAAGGCAGCAGCGUCACGUUUGUGUGGACCCCUUUUUGAUUGGAUUGAGCAUUGGGAGAUGGUAUCAAGGAUCAAAUACUUGGGAACAAUGUUGUUCUUACAUAAUUUUGAGAAAUCUCUUACAUGGUUUCUUACUAUUUCACGUACCGCACGAUCUUUUCUUGCAAUUUUGGCUCAACCGUUGGCAAGUCCGGUCGUGGAACUUCUAGGAUUCGUUCUUCCUAUUUGUAAUACUUGUAUCGAAGUUGUUGGGAACUUCUUUUCAGUGAUCUGGGAUGUGAUAGACUUUUGUGGCGAUAUGGUUGUUGACUCAGUUGAGUUGUUGCUCUUGCCAAUAUGGUUCAUUUUCUCAACCUUGUGGAGCUGUGUAACAAUGAUUUUGCUUCCUGCAUUGAGGAUCAUUUCAGAAAUACUACAUGUUCCGAUCAGAACCAUUCUUUCAUUAGCUAGUUUCGUCACUUACAUAUGCACCGGCAUUUAUGAGAUGUUCGGAGACGUACAACAAGUUCUUUGUAGUGUUUUUCAAGUUGCUUCUGUUUCAGAGGUAACAGUUGCCACUUCUGAGGUCUCCAUUUGGCGUACACUUUGGAAUGAUCUCUUCUCUCAGGUUUUUAGAGCUCUUAGAAGUAUUUUAAAUGGAUUUGUUGCCUUCUUCACUGCCUGCAACAGACAUCGGCUCAGCAUCUAUAAUUAUGUUCAGGAAUGUUUUGAAAGAUUAUGUGGUCGAAUGCGAGGCUCAGAGCAGGAAGCAAGCAGCAGUAGACGCAUGUACAAGCCCCAACGUCUGUCUAGGGUAUAUGGACAGUCCUUGGAAAACCGUAAGGUUCACACGGAUUAGAAGUCUGUUGGCUUAAGCAGAUGAUUACGACGCAUAGAAGAUAAUAAACCCCUCAUGCAUACUUAGUACAUUUUAAUCGAAAGACAUGGCUCGAGGCACAUCUUAGCGGAGGAGGCAGCGUAACUAUACCAUACAAAGUAGCAUGAGUUUUCUUUUUUUCCCCUACAACAACACGAGGUUGGAGGGUUCAAAUUACUGAAGAUCAAGGUAGCGAGAGAUUAUAUGCCUGAAUUAGUUGAACUAUCUUUUAGGUUUAGGUUAAGUUGUAUGGUCUUGUACCUUUGGUCCCUCCCAAUUGAGAUCAAUUCUAGUUUCCUUUCCAGAUGAUGUGCUGUAAAUCACCGGAUGUAAAUAACAUGCAAAAUUAGUGUACAGAGUUUGCAUAUUCCAAAGGUAAAAGAUUUUUUAUUGAC